UAGUAGAGCAGCACUGGUUAUUUCUUGUUGUAUACUGUUGUUUUGUUUAGUCUAGCAAAAAGUGAUUGACAUCGUUUUAAUAUAAUAAGACUAUGUCGACGUGGGGAAAUAUUUGUCGUAUAUGCAGCAGCCCCGCAGACUACGAUAUAUUUGCCAAAAUACCAGCAUAUCUGCACGGCUCAACCAAUGAGUAUCUCAAUUAUCAGAAGCCAAUUAAUGUUCUGCUCGAAGAGACAUCGGGACUAAAGAACUCUCCAGAUGAUGGGCUGCCAGCGUAUAUAUGUGCACUGUGCAUAUCGUACUUAAAACAUGCCGUAACAUUCCGUGAACAAUGCAUUAAAAAUGCAUUGAGUCUUAAGCUAAUUGAGAUGUAUCAACAAAAGUCCAAGCAGGAUGACAAGGAGAGCGCACUCUUUACGGCGGAACAGCUGCGUUAUGUGGAACAGCGACCCGUGCACAACCUGCUGCUGAACAACAACAGCGUCAAGCUGGACAGACCGACAGACAAAGUGCACAAGCAACUGCUGAAGCAGACUUUGCACCGCCAAAGGGGAAACAACGGGAACGGGAAUGGACACGGGAACGACAACGAACAGCGUAUACACUACCUAAAUGCCCUGCUCAACGAGCAAUGCGGUGCGGCACAAGUGAGCAACAACAACUGUCAUCAAUUAAGUCAUCUUUGGCACGCCGAAGUCUUGAUACCCUUGCAGAGCACUCCGCGGGUUAAAAUAGAGCUGCCUUCGACAAGUGCUGGCAGUGGAAGUGGCAACGGCACUGGCGAGGAUGACGACUAUGCGGCGGUCACUUCCAGCGAUGACAACGAGGAGAAAGAUAAGGGUAAGGAUAAGGAGAAUUCGCUGCAGCGCAAGCACAAGAACAUCUACAACUACAGUGAGACAAACUUCGAGGAGGACGAUCCCAUGGAGCAGGCACAGCUGAGGGACAUCAAGGUCCACAUACCCGAGCCCAUGUGGAAGGAGCGCAAGUGUCCCGCCUGCUGCAAGCGUUACAUGCACGAGGAUUCGCAUCAAUUGCAUUUGGACAACUGCGUUGAGUAUCAGUUCUUCAGCUUUGUGGCCGAGGUGACCAAGUUGCUGGAGAUCAAGCGACAGAAGAUGGUGUCGCCACACGAGUUCAUCAGGCGCAUGAUAUUUGCACUGCACAAGACUUGCAACUGGUUGCAGGAACAUUCCAUAGACACACAGUUGGCCGCUAAGCUCAACCAGGUCAAGGUGACCAACGGCAUCAAUGAGAAAGCAGCUGAAAUUCCGCUGGAAACGGCAGCCAAGUCAUCGUGGGACACUUUAAUAUGCCCUGGCUUCGAUGAGGAAGCUGCUGCAUUUGGUGGCAGGCUCAACAGUGGCUCCAAUACGCCCAUAACCGUGGAGAACAAUGUGCUGUAUGCCAUUGAGCGCUCCGAGAGUCGCAAUUCCCAAAAGGCAGCUGCCAAUUUGGUGCUAAAGAAGCCCAUACCCAUUAGAUGUACAGCUUCCGCUUCUGCUCCGGCUCCUGCUCCAUUGUUGCGAGAGCGUGCCUCAUUUCUGGAGAAGCUGCAACGUGCCACAGGAUCACCUGUGCCAGCCACGCCCAUAAGUGCAACGCUGUUGCCCUUCUCCGCCGCUCGUUGCAAUCAAUGCAAUCUGGUUUUCGAAUGCGUCAGCGAACUGGAGAUUCAUAAUGUGAUGCAUCACAAUGGACAAAGUAAUGCCAAAGACGACGACGCCCAAAGGCGUCGCAUAAUCGCCCUAUUCGAGGAUGACAUCUAAACUAUUACUUAGUAAUUUAUAUUAAUUUUAAGUUAUUCACAUUCUAUUUCGUACAAUCUCAAGUCUGAAAAGUCGUUUUAUUUUAUGUUGUCAGUUCUUUUUGUUCAAUUUUGUUUCGAUUGUGAUUUUUAGUUGUUAAUUUAUAUUUUAUUAUAUAUAUCUCUCAUAUGGGGCAAAUUUUGUAGUAUUUAUAAAACAUUUUUAUAUCCAAUAAAUUAAUAAUCAAUUCCA